CGCGUGCGCAUUUGUUUGUUUGAUAAAAUACCGGUCAAAUGCUUAGGUAGUGGUUGAAUAAGUGAAAAUGAGUGUAGAUUGAAUUGGCAAUUUACUAUUUUAGGUAGAUCUUAUCUUAUCAAUAAACAUUUUUAAAUGAUUCCUCAAUGAAACGACGGAUGGUUUAAAGCACACUGGAUUUCAGAAUGAGUGCGCAGUACACCAUCUCCGCUGUAGAGCCGGGAGACGAUGGAAGUAUCAUGAAACUGCUGAGAAAGACAUUCUACGUGGACGAGCCUUUGAAUCAAGCUGUUGGGCUGAUCAGCUCGGAAACCGACACUUGCGCUGAGCUGGACGAGUACUGCACACACGCCUUACACGAGGGAAUGUCGUUUAAAGCGACUGACAACGAGGGAAAUAUAGUUGGCGUCAUUAUAAACGGAGUGUACCCUUUGGCUGAGGAUACCAACGGCAACGACCUCCUAAGCCAAGCACAGAAAUGCCCGAAUCCAAAGUUCCAGAAGAUUCUUUACAUCCUGGCGAAGCGGGAGAGCGGAGCGAGGUUAGCAGAACAGUAUCCAGAAGACAAACAUGUGGUAGAAGUAAAGGUGACAGCCACAGAUACUAAAUGGAGGAGAAAAGGCAUCAUGAAAGCCUUAAUAGAGACAUCAGAGAAAGUCAUCAAAGAACGGGGCUACAGAUUAAUAAGAUUGGACACGUCUAGCGCAUACUCAGCUAUGUCGGCCGAGCGACUCGGGUACACCUGCAAAUACAGAGCUCUGUACAGGGACCUCAAGAUGGACGGACAGCCACUAAUAGUUCCUGAACCACCGCACUUGGAAGACUGCGUGUUUAUCAAGGAGUUGUUCCCGUUAUGAAGCAAAAAUUGUCAUAAAAAUGCACUGCAGUUUGUGUACAAAAUGUUGGAUAUAGUUUUCCAAAAAAGUACUGUUAUUUCUGUAAAAAUGAAACUUUUGACAUAGAUUAUUUAAAGGUAUUAAAGUGUUGUGAAAUAGGCUUUAAUGAGUAAUAACUAAUAACUAAUAAUUUACUUAAUAAUUACGAAGAUAAUAAUGAAAAUCUUAAUGCACGCGCACAUUUUGACGGGGUGUACGCGUUUUCUAUUAUUUUUUUAUCUAUCGCCAAGCAGGGGCCUUACU